UGGUCUUCCUGAACAGGCCUUUUAUUUAGUAGGGAAUAUCGAUGAAGCUACCGCGAAGGCUAUCAACUUAGAAAUGGAGAGCAAUUUGAAGAAAUGACUUUAAAUCUUUGUGUACUGACCCCUAAUCGAAUUGUUUGGGAUUCAGAAGUGAAAGAAAUCAUUUUAUCUACAAAUAGUGGUCAAAUUAGCGUAUUACCAAAUCAUGCUCCUAUUGCUACAACUAUAGAUAUAGGGAUUUUGAGAAUACACCUUAAGGACCAAUGGUUAACGAUGGCUCUAAUGGGCGGUUUUGCGAGAAUAGACAAUAAUGAGAUCACUGUUUUAGUAAAUGAUGCGGAAAAGGGUAGUGAUAUUGAUCCACAAGAAGCUCAGGAAACUCUUAAAAUAGCAGAAGCUAGUUUGAGAAAAGCUGAAGGAAAGAGACAAAUAAUUGAGGCAAAUCUAGCUCUCCGACGAGCUAGGACAAGAGUCGAGGCUGUCAGUGCAAUUUCAUAGCUAGUUGGUGCGUUCAA